CCUUCAAGAUGGACGUUCGUCUGUUGUGAUGUGACGUUUUUGGUCAAUGGUUGAUUCUUGCACUUCCUCCAAUGUGUGCGGCGAUGUAGCUAUUCGGUGAUACUAGAUCAAAAUCAUUAUGAACCUAACCAGAUAAAAUGCCAGUAUUAUGAAACCUUAAAGCACCAUGUCUUGGUUUAAACGAGGAAAAUCAGAAAGCAGAAGUAGCGAUCAUCUAAGUGACAAUGGCAGUACGUCUAGUGGACGGUCAAGGACAGACACAGAUCCAGACACAUGUCUGGAGGUGUUCAAGAACCACUGGACACAGGCUCAGAUCAUCAUCACGGCUAAAGAAUCCAACAAUAUUGGCAAGAAUCAUGAGCCGUGUACCUACGAUGAUGUAGAAGCUGUUGUAAAAAACUUUGAGCAGAUGAUCAACCUGCUUGCCAGUGAAGACGGUUUGGAUGAAAAUGGUCAAGGCAUGCCGGGGCCUAUACUUCACUAUCUACUUGAGCAAAAUGUUUUUGAAAGUUUUUGUACCUGGUGUCAGAACCAGCCAGAAUAUACUGAAAAGUUAAAAAUGGAACAGUUGCGGAUGUUUGAGGUGUUGAUUGGGCAGUCUCGCCAACUGUUGCUGAUCCACAAAGCUGUGAUAAACCCCAUCCUACGACUUUUGUCUUCAUGUGUACAGGACACUCACUCACGAGGAAUUGAAAGUAGAUUAGUACUAAUACUUCAUCAGAUAUGUGCUUCCAUCUCCCAGCAAACUGUUAUACUAGAAAGUUUUUUCAAUGCUAAUGCUGACCAGGGUCCUGCAAAGUUUCUGAUUUUUUCUUUACUAAUCCCUUUCAUCCACCGCGAGGGAACAAUAGGACAGCAAUCCAGAGAUUCUCUGCUGUUGAUCAUGACAUUAUCAUCUAAACAUCCUCAUAUUGGGGAAUUCAUCGAAAAAUAUUCGGACUUUUGUCCUGUACUGGCGACAGGGCUUAGUGGGCUGUACUCGUCGCUGCCUCGUAAGAUCCCUGUGGCCGCUGAGGACUGGUUCCAGAUUACACAAGAUGACAUCAACCAGGUUCCAGGGAUACAGAUGUUCCUGAACUCCCUGGAGUUCUGUAAUGCUGUUGUACAGAUCUCACACUCCAGUAUCAGUGAACAACUGAUAGAAUUUAUAUACAAAGGGUUCCUUGUGCCUGUGAUGGGUCCAGCCCUGCAUCAGGACGUUUCAGGACUACCACUUCCCCUACUUGAUUCUCCAAUGUUUGCGAAUUCCAGGGAGGAGGUGAUAGCAGCCACAGCCUACCUGGAACUGUUUCUGAGAAAGAUUACAGAACCAGCCCUCACUCGAGCCUUCCUGAAAUUCAUCCUCACGGAACAAAACGAUGAGAUUGUCAUACUGGAGUCGCUGGUCACCAGGAUCAACAGUAGCACCAAGCUACUGUGUGUCGUUUCCCUUUCGCUGUUUAAAACACUGAUUGAUAAAAACUGCGAGGAUGUCAUUUUCCAACUGAUCCUCAGAUAUUUGAUUCCCUGCACCCAUGUCAUGGUGAGUCAGCGGCGAGCUGUAAAAGAUGUAGACCUGUACGGCAAGAGUGCCGAGAAGUUCCUGUCCCUCCGUCCAAACUGUUGCGUACCAGACCCGAGUGAAAGCCCAAAGGCCAGUAACUCUUCACCAACUGCAGAAAGAUGUGUGGGUUUGGGUAUCGCUAGCCCUACCCCAGCCUUGCCCCCGGCCUCCAGGCCCAAGCGUGGGCUCGGCAGCUUUCUACGGGCGCGAAAACAGGAACAGGAGUACCAGCGUACACGUAGAAGAGCUGCCACAUCCAUGGAAACUCCAAAGACUGUGUUGUCCCAGGCCAACCCCAAAGGCAGCAAGCUGGAACACUUUGAGACUGAUUACAACGAUUAUCUCCUGGAGGCACGAAAGGCCCUGGGGAACACAAGUAGAGCGUGUAAAACUUGGGUGUAUCCCUAUGAUGGGGACAUGCCCUCCCCUACAGUGUUUACAGACUUGGACACGCCCUCCUCGCCUGACAGUGUUUGUGACAGUAGUAAAAACACUACUGGUUUAGGUGAUUCCGUGCUGGAUAAUACGGUAGGUAAUAACACAACAACUGGUGUACUGAUGUUGUCGCACGGUAACAUGAGUUCCACCGUGUUCAGUGAUGGCAGCACACCGACUGGGGUUACCUCUCCCAGUAUAACCUCCAGAGGAACUGCACUAGUUAACCGCGACUUUAGGUCGUACUUAGCACUGAUCGACAUGACUUCUCCGGACGAGGAGAGAAGGACUCCAUUUUAUCAGUCAGAAGUGUCUGAGAUUUUAAGACAGUAUGAUUCGUCGCGCUAUGAUGCCUGGAGUGGAUCAGAAUCCGAGGAUGUUUCUGAUUUCCUGUCCUAUCUGACAGAGGUGGGUACACCUCCAGAAUAUGAACAGGACCGGACGAUAGAAGACAGUAUCCUUUCCCUGGACUCAGUUCUGUCUGAACUGUGUUCGGGGGCAUCUGACUCACAUUUGUCCAACCCACUGGGGGAGACUAGUGAAAACAGUAGUGUAUUCAGAAAUAGUUUAGAGUCACAACAAAGUGAUAAUCAAAUGUUCCGUACCCCUAGGCCUGUGAGUCAAAGUAACGAUGGUACGACAUUCGAUGUGAUAGACUCCAAAGUGAUGCACAUGUCUGAAGAAGUUUCAGACCGAUCAGAAGAGCAGCCACAAGAUGCAACAAGCUUUGUAGAAAUCACCCUGUCCUCAUUCACGUCCGACACCAGUGCACAUGAUUCUUUAUCAAAACUGACACGUACAAACUCAUUGACAUCCAUGAAUACAAAAGAAAAUGGAUGCCGGUCUCCACCUAAAUCUGUGAGUUUUUCCCUCCCUAAUCCUUCUAUGCAAAUGCCAACCUUGUCCUCAGGGAUCAUCCCAGUGCCUUCUACAGACUCGCAUGGUAAGCCGACGGACACCUCACCGAGCAUAGGGCCGUUUCUGAGCAGUCUGUUCAGCAAGCUGGAGGGAAUGAUGCAAAACAACCUGUCCAUCAACCUGGUGUUGACCGGGGUGAUAGCUCGUCUAGCAGCUUACCCGCAACCACUGCUGCGAUCCUUCCUCCUCAAUCAUAACCUUGUAUUCCAACCCACAGUCAAAUCUCUAGUCCAGGUCCUUACAUCAGUGCGACAGAAGGUAGACAACUACUCUUACACGCUUCCAAACUUUGAAGACCUGUUAUUACAAGCGAGGAAAAACUUGGCAACUCGCGAGGAGAACUGGAAACUAGGGCGGAACUACAGCUUUCUACCACAGAAUGUAUCCACCACCCCUACCACACCCAAAACGUCACCAAUAAAUAAUGUCAACAUACAAAUCAAAGAAAAGAAAAAACUGAGUCUGACGGACCUGUUGUUCAGACGAUCCCCCGUGGGGACAAAGCGACCAAUAGCCGCUCCACGAAGGGGAGCUCCUCAGAUGGAGAUGGUACCUGGCCGGGGAUACCGAUAUGUACACAGACAGAAACUGCCAGAACCUGUACCCUCUAAUCCAAUGGACUCGUCCAAGACGCGUAAUAUAGUGUACUGUGCUUUAAUUCUGGAGGAAUUCGUAAAAGAAUUGUCUUCUUUUAGUCAGGAACAUUCUGUCCUGUUAAGAGACGAAGGUUAUUACAGCAACUAAGCUUGCUUGUCUGUCAUUGUGGUCGAUAAUGAAUGCCAUUUUUAUGUCAAAAUAUGUCUUAGAAAAUCAUCAAAAACUGUCUAGUUUUGAUAUUUUUACGUUAUGCAGAAAUUCAUGCAAAGAAUGUAGAGACUUUAGUCUAAUCAUGAUUAUAGUUCAGAGAUCUAGACUUUUGCACACAGAAAUUGUUUAGCAUUGAUUUGGAUGUGAAAAUAGCACUAGCUUUAAAAGGUGUUUUUUUGUAACUAGUACUGCAGAUCACUUUUUUAGCAGGAGAUUAAAUGCUUAUAUUCCAGUGCUUCAUCAGCAAAACUAGUCAAAAAAUGGUAUUAUCAUAUUGUCACAAUUUGCAUUUCUUAAUUUCUCUUUCUUAAGCAGUUCUGUUUUUAAAUGUUCUUAAAUGCAUGUUAUCAAAUUGUUCUGUUGUUAUCUGUGGUGCCCCCAUCCCAACCCCCAACCCACCACCACCACCACCUUUCAUUUGCAGUGAAUCUAAUCACGAAAAUAAAUUGUGUUAUUGAAAACCCCUGCAUGUUUGCAUUGUUUUGUUCCUUUCAUAUCAAGUGUAAGAUCCAGAAGUUCAGAGCCUUAUCGUUUUUAAUGGUAUAUAUAUAUUACCUUUUACAUUUUACCCGGGAUUUGUGUUACAGUCAGCUUCCGUAACGUGUUUAAAGAUUAGCUUUAUCGAACAAUGUUGUUCACAUAAUGCAUUCGGGUGCAACACCAGACCCUACACAUGUAUAUAUGAUAACAAUCAGGAAAUACAGUACAUUUCCCUUCAUCAAAAUGUCAUGCCUUUUAAU